AUGAGCGACAUAAAGGAUCCUGUCACUCUGAAAAUAAUCCUCAUAGGGAACACGGGGGUGGGAAAGUCCUCCUUCAUGAACAGAUACGUGAACCACCGCUUCACCAACAUGUACCGGGCCACCAUAGGGACGGACUUCCUCUCCAGAACUGUCACCAUAGAGGAGAACACGGUCACCCUGCAGAUCUGGGACACUGCAGGCACAGAGAGGUUUCAGUCUCUGGGUCCACUUCUGUACAGAGGAGCCCACUGCUGCAUGCUGGUGUUCGAUGUCACGUCCGAGGCCAGUUUCUCUGCCCUGGAUGUGUGGAGGAAGGAGUUUCUGUUCCAGAGCGAACCUCAGGAUCCGGCUGAUUUUCCUUUUAUUGUCGUGGGCAACAAAACCGACCUGAGCGACAGGGAGGUGUCGCGCAGAAAGGCCCUGCAGUGGUGCGAGGAAAUAGGAGCAGAGUACUUCGAAGGGAGCGCCAAGGAGGACCUGGACGUGGAGAAGCCGUUUCUGAGAGCGGCUCAGAGCGGCCUGCAGCAGUACAAAAAACACACAUUGGAAAAUACAGGACAUUUCCAGAUAACCUGCAAACAGCCGAGAGAAACUCGCAACACCUGUGAGUGCUGAGAGAAGCACUCGUCCCAGUGUGGGAGGGAAAGUUCAGAGAGACCUCGGCACUGCUGAUGAUGACCUAUCUAACGAGGGUGCAAAAAUAGUGACCCAGCAAAGGUACUGUGGAAGGAAAGGACACAAUUGUAUACCACAUGGAGAGAGGAACAAACUCAUUAAAUGUUUUUUCUUUUUUUGAGAACCUUCAGCUUAUGGUCUAACUUAAGGCAUCACUACUAAAAUACACUGCUUUUGCAUGCAUGUCUAGUUUUGUUCAACAGACACACUGACACGCACAAAAUUAUGAAUGCAUAUGAAGAGAAAGUUCAUUUCUAGAAAGAAAUCGGGAGAAAUCACAAACGGAUGCCAAGGCGCGAGCCGGAGAAAAAGGCGGCAAGCGGCAAACCUCGGCUCUGCUCUUCCUGGCUGUUACCAUCACAACUGAAUCCGCCCUUACAAAGUAGAUAUACACUCAUGUCCAGUCAGAAACCUCCUCCCUGUACAAGUUUGUACUGUAAUGAACCUAAGCAGUGAUUCAGACUCCUACAGUGAAUCAGCUUGACAGAAGCAAAUUAGAACAAUCAGGGAGACUAUAUAUAUUUAUAUAUAUAUUUGUUUCUUUUAUAAGUAAAGACACAAAAGGCAAUCAAGAGAUGACCAACAUGUAAAAACAGUUUGUUACAGGUAAUUAUAUAAAAGGCCAAGAUGUUUUUUUUUUUUGUUUGUUUUAUUCUUGCUCUAUGAACGAACUAAUUUACAAGUGAGUACACUCCGGCUAUGUAAGCUUUUCUUUCCCAAGACAUCCCCAUUCAAAGACACAUGGGUUGAACAUGUCACAGUUAGCUUGCACACCAUCUGUAGUCUGAAAUACAGAGCCGUGGAAGGAAAAAAAUUAAAAUUUAUUAAAUGGAUUCACAUACAUCAAUAGGGUAGGGAAAAUAUGUCUACUAAUAUAAUUUUGCCAUUCUAAAAAUUAAAGAAGAGGUGAGACACCACAUUCAUGAGCAUAAAAAGCGUCGGACAACUGAUCGGGAUGUUAACGAGGGAAAGGUAUGAAAAGAUCUGAUGGUAACGUUCCUCAUACCCCGUGAAAUUCCAUGUUUGGCAAACGAAGCAACACAAGCAUUGAGUAGUAAACAAAGUAAAAACUCUCCUCUCCCUGGGUCCACUUCAAAGUUCCCUUCAGUCCUAUAACCUCUGCGGUUCUACUUGGAACAGAUACAAAAGUCUUUCUCUCUUUCAAUACCAUCUGUUAACAACAAGAACAUACAACCAACUGAAUGAAGAUUUUUUUUCUUUUUUUUUUUAAAAAUAUAGUGGCACCCUCAACACAGCCACCCAUCUUCCCACGAACACAAACUAUUGGGAUGAACAACAGUUAAAAAAAGUGAUGUUUUUCUUUAAAAAUGCACACAACAUACACAUACACACAGGAGAAAAAAAAAAAAAGAAAAAAAAAAGCUUAAAAAAUACAAAAAUAAACUACACAAAAGAUCUUCUGCGUCAUUGCUUGCUAAUUUUUUGGGAAGAUUUUGCAAGGUUUUUUUUUUUUUUUAUGUGUGUGUGUGUGCUGCAAGUCUCAGUCCUAGCAAAGUCUUGUCAUUCGUUCUCUACAAAUCUCUUUCCUUUGCCAUUCUUUUUUGUCCACUUCAAAGUUUUCGGCCACCGGUCCUCAUCUUGGGGUAAAAAGCGCACAGUGAUGACAUUACCAGGAGAUGGGAGUCCAGUACGAUGACUGUACAGACUUGGUUCUCGAUGAAGCAAAUUUGUUUUUGAGCAAAAAAAGAGAAAGGGAAAAAAAUGAUGUCCUCAUUCGUUGAGGACAAGUGCUUUAUUUGUUUCCAUACCGAUUUUUCCUCUCAUCUAAACUAAUGCCUCCACAGCCUUUUUUUUCAACACUGUACAUCAUUUCAUGUAGUCUCUCUCUACAUCCCCCCCCCUCCCCAGAAUUCACAAAACACAGACGAAGA